UUUAUCAUCAAUGCAUGUCACUAACUCCCUGACUGAAUCCUUCCCUCCUAAAGAAGAUGAGUGAAGUGGAAUAAAUGGCAGAGACCAAUCACACUGUGAACACAGUGAAGGAAUUCAUUCUGUUUGGAAUCACUGACCACCCAGAUCUCCAGAUUCCCCUCUUUGUAUUGUUCCUCCUGAUCUAUCUAAUCACCAUGAUGGGAAACCUGGGGAUAAUCAUUUUAAUCAGAACUGAUUCCCACCUCCACAACCCCAUGUACUUCUUCCUCAGCCACUUGGCUUUUGUUGAUCUUUGCUAUUCCUCUGUCAUUGCCCCUAAAAUGUUGGCAAACUUUUUAGCCACAAAGAAAACAAUUUCAUACAAUGCAUGUGCAACACAGCUGGGCUGCUUCCUAACUUUCAUGAUCACAGAAUGUUUCCUUUUGGCAGUGAUGGCAUAUGACCGCUAUGUGGCUAUCUGUAAACCACUGCUUUAUCGGACUAUCAUGUCUCAGAGAGUCUGCAUACAGUUGGUUUCAGGUCCUUAUAUAUACAGUUUUUGUGUUGCUCUGUUUCACACAAUAGUUACAUUUCGUUUGUCCUUCUGCUCUGCUAAAGUAAUUAACCAUUUCUACUGUGAUGACCUCCCACUGUUAGCACUUUCCUGUUCCAACACUAACACCAAACAGAUUCUGAUUUAUGCUUUUGCUGGUUUUGAUAUGAUAUGUUCCUUUCUCAUUGUCCUCAUCUCUUACAUUUACAUCCUCUCUGCCAUCCUGAGAAUCCGCUCUGCUCAAGGUCGAAGCAAAGCCUUCUCCACCUGUGCUUCCCACCUGACAGCUGUCACCAUCUUCUAUGCAACUCUGAUGUUUAUGUAUUUGCAGCCUAGUAGUAACCACUCUCUAGCAACAGAUAAAAUAGCCUCAGUGUUCUACACACUGGUGAUUCCUAUGCUGAAUCCCCUGAUCUACAGUCUGAGAAACAAAGAGGUGAAGGAUGCUUUGAAGAGAAUAACAGAACGAAUUGCAAUUCACUGAUGAAUUAAUUUAGAACCACACUUUCCCCCAUUAUAUUAUUUCCCAGCAUGGAAAAUAAUAUUAUUUGUUGUGGAUCUAGAACAUGUCAUCUAGGCUGAGGACAGAUGUACAAGCACAACAGAAAUCUCAACUGUCAUAUAUACUAGUCAAACACAUCCUGGUUGCAACCUUUUGCUCUUGCUUUUCCCUGCUGGCACUUACUUCCAUGACCUCCUCUUUUGCCUCCAGGUGUGAGCAUUCAAAUAUAAGCACUUGAUUGCAUUGUGCAUUGUUAACAUUCCCCAACCAGAGACAGAGGAUGGGAUAGUUGCAACUGUGGUGGGCAGGAGUAGGAGGUAUGAUAAGGAAAAAUGGAGCCAGUGGAAAGGGAGAAAGCUGAGCUAUUUCAGAUUGCAUUUAGUUUCCUGAUAUUUCUCACAGUUCAGUUUUAAAUAUGGGCUUGGUGUGUCCAUGAAGAACACACUCAUGGUGACAUCCAGAUUGCAGCUAACACUGUUCUUGUUGCUAUACAGGAGAAGCAAUU